UGGCUCAGCAAAGAGCGAAAAGCUGGACCGAUCUUCGCACAGGCCAUGGCGGCCUUCAUCGCCCCGGCGCGGACAUUGCGGCCAACAGCGCGGCCGAGCUGGGCCGGUCCCGCGCCACACGUGCGCUCGGCCAGGCCGCAUGCGGACGUGAGCGCGUACCGCACCCCUCUGGCACUCGGCGUAGCUGCAGCGCUUCUGAAAAAAAAUGUACGAGGACGGCAGCGGAUUCCAAGGCGGAGCGUCGAGACGCCCAGCUACAGCACACCCAAAGACGCCAAGGAGGCCAUGUUUUUUGCCAAGAAGCUGGCGGAGGCUUUUGCUACUGGAGAUGCCUUGCUGCCCCUCGAGGACACCAUGGGCCUUUUGGAGGACUCCAUCACGUUGCUGCAGAGCGAGCCAACUCUGGUGCGUAUUGAGGUGCCUGCGGGGGGACAUUUGAACGUGGUGGGGGACGUGCACGGCCAGCUCUGGGACUUCCUCAGCAUCUUCGAGGAGAACGGUUGGCCCAGCGAGGAGAACCCCUACCUGUUCAACGGGGACUUUGUAGACCGAGGGUCC